ACUUUUAUACAAUUUGACAAUGUCAAUUAAAUCAGUAAAUUGACGUAUCGGAAAAAUAUUUUGGCUUUAAAUAACCUUCAAUAAAGUUUGAAUUUUUUUCUUUUCUUCAUUUAUAAAAAAAAAACACAUAAUUUUUUCCCUGAAAACAUUAAAAACCAUAAUAAAGUUCAGUUACUUAAACCUGUGUAUAAAAAACAAUGGUCAGUUCAACAUUGACAACAAUUGUUUCAGGAUCGGCAGCAAAUCAUAAUCAUCACUAUCAGAGGCCAACGCAUACAACCGGUGGUGGAAGAAAUUUUUAUUUUGCUACAACAAGUAUAGGUGGUGGUAGCGGUGCUGGUAGUACAAGUAGUAUCGGCGGUAAUAGUAAUACAAGUUUAGGUGGUGGUAUUAGUGGUAGUGGUAGCGGUAACAGUGAUAGUGGUAGUGAUCCAAAAACAACAAUAAUUGAAUCAGAUAGUACAACUAGUUGUGGUAUCGGUGGUAAUAAUAAUAGUAGUACUAGUGGUAUUGGUGGUUCAAGUAGUUUAAGUGGUAAUAGUACCGGAACCACAAGUGGUAUCGGAACAAGUGGAGGAAGCAUUACAAAUAAUUCAUAUAAAUAUCAGCCAUUACCGCAGCACGCACCAAUAAAUUCCUCGAAUAUAAGUGUAAACACUAAUGGUGCACAUGGUAUUAGCGAUCCAAUAGAUAUAACAACAAAAAAUUCAUCAUCAACAACAAAAAAUAUAUCUGCAUUUAAAACAUAUAAAAAUGAUUCAAUAUUAUUUUCUGAUUCACCGCCAUUAAGUGAUCAAAUAUCAAUUUUAUUUCCAAAGUGUAAACCAAAAACUGAUAUUAAUUCAAAUCCAAUUCAACAAUUAAAUAAUAAUAAUAAUAACAAUUCAAAUAAUUCACCAUCUUCAUCAUUAUCAAAUACAGAAGUAACAACACCCACUACACCAUUAUCUCCAAUUCAUCAAUCAAUAAAUUCAACAACACUAUUACAUCAACAACAGCAACAACAAUUAACAUCAUCAUUAUAUCAUCAUUAUAAUCAACAGAAUAAUAAAAAUUCAACAUUAUUAUCAUCAUCAUCAUCAUCACCAACAAAAUCGAAUACAUCUGUUAUUAUUAAACAUCAAAGAAAUACAACAACGGUAACGACAACAACAACAGCAACAACAACAGAACCAACUACUUCACCACCAGCAUCAUCAAAAUCUUCAUCACUAUCAACUGAAUCAUUAUCAUCAGCUAUAACACCUAGAAUAUCAACAAAUCCGUUUUUAAGUGGUGCGAUUUCAGCAAAUUUUACUGGUGCUCAUCAAGACGAGCAUAUAACAACAUAUUAUUAUAAUAGUACAGCAUUAUCGCAAUUACAACAGCAAUUAAAAGAUAAUCAUCUUAAUAGUAGCUUUUUUGCAUCUACUCCAAUAACAUCAACUCCAGUAUUAACAAAAUCAACAUCUUCUAUAACACCAUCAAUAACUACAGCAGUAACAUCAAUACCAUCAACAACAUCAACAUUAGGUAUUACAACAGAUAUGCCGAGAAAACGUAGUGGUUAUCAUCAUAGUGGUGUUACAACAACACCAGCAACAGCAACAAUACAAACUUCAUCAUAUAAUAUGAAUUCAACAACAAAUUUAAAUAAUAGUAACAGUGGCAGUUGUAAUACUACUAAUCUCAUUAAUAGUAAUAAUGGUGUAUCAAAUACAUUAAAUUCAAUUAUAUCAAAUAAUCAAAAUCCUUUUAUAAAUAAUAAGGAUAUAAAUGGUUUAAAUAUUGGUACAGCUGUUGUUACAUUAACAACAACAUCAACUUCAUAUGGUAAUGUAACAACAUCAACUACCACUACAACAGCUAUUAAUUCAACUAAUAUGAAUUUAACAACAACCCCACCUAUAACAGCAUCAUCACCAAUAUUAACAACAACAGCAGUUACUACAAAUAAUUAUUGGGAGCCUAGAUAUCAUAAUAAUACAACUGCAGUUAUAACAACAACAUCACCAACCAUAAAUAAAUCAGUAUUGAAUUCACCUGAAUUGCAUUUAAAUGAACAUCAUGAAUCUAGAACAUCAAUAAUAUCAGCCCAUCAUAAUAGUUAUAUGCAAAGUAAGCACAUUAAAGUUGGUCGUAGUCCUAUAAGUCAUUCAUCAUCUGGAAUUGUUAUUAAUAAUAACAGUAGUAGUAAUAAUAGUAGUAAUAAUAUUAAUAACGGAGCAUGUAGUGGUGCUAAUAAUAAUAAUAAUACCACUACAAAUAUUAUCAUCAAUAAUAGUUGUAAUAGUAGUAGUAUUGCUAAUGGAUUUUUAGAACGUGAAAGAGAUAUUAGAGAUAGAGAUAGAGAUAGAGAUAGAGAAAGAGAACGUAAUCGUGAAAGAGAAUAUUCAAAACGUGAUUAUAAUCGUGAACAAUUACAUCGUGAACAGCAACAGCAACGUGAACAUUAUAGAAAUAAUGAUUUAAGGCAACAACAACAACAACAACAACAACAUCAUGAACAACAGCAUCAACAGCAACAGUUGAAUAAUUCAAUUGAACUAAUGGAUACUCCAACUCGUGGAAUUGCUGUUGUUGCAGAUGGUGAAGUUGUUGUAUUUGAUGAUAUUACAGAAAGUUGGCAAAUUUCUCCUCUUUCAGAUUUACGUGUUACAUCCGAUCAUAGCCCAUUAACAGUAGCAAAUAUUAAAGAUGAAUGCUUAGAGAAUAAUUAUGAUAAUAAUUAUGAUAUAAAUAAUAUAAAAUAUGAAAAUAAUUAUAAAAAUUCGAAUAAUAAUAAAAAUAUAAGUAAUUCAAAUAGUAACAGUAAAUGUAACAAUAACAGUAAAAGUAAUAAUAAUAAUAGAAAAUAUUUAGAUAGAACAUUUGGAAGAUUAAUAGAUGCUAAACAUGGAAUUAUGGAAUACGAGGGUUCACCAAGACGUAUUGGCGGACAAAAUACUCCUGAUGAUGAAGAUGGUGACGAUGAAAUUGAAGAAGAGGAAGAAGAAGAAGAAGAAGAAGAUAUUGAUAAUAAUCAAUCAAUGCAAUUGUACCAACAUAAUUUAAAUGGUAAAUUAUCUUCCAAUAAUAGUCAUCAUCAACAACAGCAGCAGCAACAACAACAGCAGCAGCAGCAGCAACAACAGCAACAACAACAGCAAUCAAUGUAUCCGGCAAGACCAGGGUUUCCACAGCGAAUCAUUUCAACACCUCAAGAAUCUCCACCACCAUUAUUAACAAAACAGCAAUCAAAUAAUGCUGAAGAUACUAGUAAUGAUGUAUCUGAAAUUGGCACAUCAUCAGAUAUGACAACAUCUGAGCCACCAAAGUCAUCAACCUUUGACUACCUGUAUGAAUUUAGUGAAACACGAAAAGUUCUUGAAGAGUUCUUUAAGUGCCCAUCAAAUGAUGAAAAACCAAUUGAAAAUGGAAGUGAUGUUGACAGUAUUGACAUUCAGUAUGAAUUUCGAACUGAUAAUAUAUUAGACAAUAGAGAAACAACAACAAAUAAUUAUAUUGGGCAACGUUUAGCUGGCAGCCCAAUUGAAAAUUAUCAUCAUCCAUCAGAUUUUCCAAAUCAUCUUAAUCAAUCGCAACAACAACAUUUAGAUGAUGAUGACGAUAUUGAUAUUGAUGAUGAUAACGAUGAUAAUAUAGAUCUUUCGCAUCCAAAUUCACAUCAUCAUCAUCAUCAGCAACAGCAGCAGCAACAACAACUGCAACCACAACAACAACACCAUCAAAAUAACUACUAUAAUGGUAUUGUUGAUAAUAAUCAUCAUAAUGCUCAUAAUCAUUUAAGUUGUAAUAAUAGUAUUGAUGAAAAUAUUGAUGAAUUUGAUAGUAAUGAUGGUAUAAUUGAUAUUGAUGGUAUUAAUAAUGAAAAUUUAAAUGGUCUUUCAUACCGUAAUAAUAAUAAUAAUAACAAUAAUAAUAAUAAUAAUAAUAGCAGUGGAAUUGGAAAUGGCAAUAAUAGUAACAAUGGUAGCAUUACCGAUAAUAUUGAUAUUGCUAGUAUUGAUGGUUUAAUGGCAUCAAACAAUUAUGAUAAAGAUUUAGAUCAUCAUUCACAUCAUCAUCAUCAUCAUUUACAACAUCAUCAGCAUCAACCAGACAUUGAUUUAUUUUUGGAUUCAACUAGCCGCAGUAGUGGUGAAUUACAAUGUGAUAAUUUAUUGCAAGAUGGUAUUAAUCAAAAUCGUAUCCAAUCAAGAAAUUUUCGAUAUUCACCUGAAACAACUGAUUAUGAUUCAAAUUGUGGUGAUCUAGAUAGUUUAUCGGGUGAAUUCAAUGGAAUUACAAAUUAUUCAAAUUAUGCAAAAUAUUAUGCUGCAAGUAUGCCAGUACUUGAAGAUGGUUUAUCAAGUGGUCAUGCAUCUGAUGCUGAAAAUAAUAAUCCUCUUCCGUCAUCAAAUUCAUUAUCACAUCAACAAUUACAUCAACAACAAACACAACGCUCACUUGAACAGCAAUUACCACAACUUCAACCACCUACAGGGAUUUCAAUGUUAAUGGAUACAAAAAGAAUUACAAUUAGUGAUAAUCCUUCAGGACCAAUUAUAACACAACAUUUAUCUACAACCAAUAUAUCGACUUCGUCAUCGACUACAUCAACAACAACAUUUACUGGUGCAACAGAAAUACAACAACAACAGCAACAACAAAAUAGAAAAAUUACAUUAACACCGAAUGAUAUUUUUACAUCUAAAAUGUUGAACGAUACAACUAGUCCAAUCAAAAUAUUAAAUAAAGAUGAUUUAUUAUCAAUUCCUACAACAUCAAUUCCAGUAGCAUUGACAUCAACAGCUGCUUCAGCAGCAGUCAACAAUAUUAAUUGUAGUGGUCGUGAUUCAGUUCGUUCAAAUAGACGUGGUGAAAUAUUAGGGCAAAGCCCAAUAAUGAAUAAUAAUAACAUUAUAAAUACUUGUAAUAAUAAUGGAAAUGUGACAGGAACAACAACAACAGUAUCAACAUUAACAAAUUCGUUGACGACAAGCAAUAGCAAUAAAGUUUUCAAAAAUAUUGAUCCCGAUUUAGACUCAUUAUAUUCGAUUAGUGUUUUUCAUCGUCAAGAUAUAGUUCAAUUGACACCGCCUCCACCAGCCCCAGCCCCACAUCGGAAACCAAAUUUAUUAGGUAAUGACUCUCCACAACAACAACAGCAACCACAACAGCAGUCACAACAACAGCAGCCACAACAACAAAACAUUGAUCACAUAACAUCACCAAUAAUUUCAUCAAAUUCUUCAUUAUUGAAUAAUCGAGAUUAUCGCCCAACAACGGGUACAUCAUCAGCAACAAAUGUUUUGCAACAACGUUCAAAAUCAAUUCCAACAUCUAAUAAUAAUAUUCAUCAUACUGAACGUCAGCAAAGAAGUCAUUUACCACCACCUCCACCGCCUCCAAUUCCAGAUCGUAAUUCUACUUCACCUUUAAUUGCUAACGAAAAUGGUAUUUUAAAUAAUAAUUCUAAUAUAACUGGUGUCAUUAUUGGUGGUAGUGGUGGUGGUACCGGUAGCACUAGUAGCGGCAGCUCUGGUAUUUGUCUUAAUUUAACUAAUGAUUCACCAAUAUGGGUGCCUAGACAUUUAGAAAAUAAUAAUAAUAAUUCAAUAAAAAAUAAUAAUUGUUCGAAUUUGAUUAGUAAUAAUAGUCCAUCAAUAAAUUUAACUGUACAAGAUUCAACAUCUGAAACGCAUUUAAAAAGUUUAAGCGCCGAUGAAGAAGAAGUUGAUACAGAUUUAGAAACAGAUCGUUUACUUGGUCAUCAACGAUUAGAUGAUCAAGGUUUUUAUGAUGAAAAUAAAGCAUGGAAUGAACGUAAAUCAUCAAGAUCAUUGUUAGGAAAAUUUUCACCAAAAGUUCAACAAAGUAGUAAAUCAAAUACAUCAAGUUUAUUGAGACAAGGUUUAAAUUCAUUAUUACCAACAACGCCGGAAAUUCCAUCACCAUCAUUAUCUCAACAUCAGUCACAACAACAGCAACAACAACAAACACAACAGCAAUCACAACAACAACAGCAACAACAACAACAACUUACACCAACAUUAGUUGUACCACAAUCAACAACAAAUAAUAUAUCAUCGUCAACAACCUUAUUGGGGUCAUCUUCUGUCACAAAAAAUACAACUGCUAAACUUUUAGAUAUUGGUGGUUCAAUGUCAUCAGCAUCAGAACAUAGUGAAAAAUCACCAGAUAAAAUAUCAAAUGAUAUUCAAAAUAAUUUGGUAGAAAGUCCCGAAGGAUCUAAUAAAUCAAAAAAGGAUAGCGAUAAAAAAACUAAAAAGAGUAAGAAUAAAGAAGAUGGUGCAGUGUUAAUUGAAGGUGUUCUAUUUAGAGCUAGAUAUUUAGGUUCUACACAAUUAGUAUGUGAAGGACAACCAACUAAAUCUACAAGAAUGAUGCAAGCUGAAGAAGCUGUUUCUAGAAUAAAGGCACCAGAUGGAGAUCCACAACCAAGUACAGAAGUCGAUUUAUUCAUAUCAACUGAAAAAAUUAUGGUUUUAAAUACUGAUCUUAAGGAAAUUAUGAUGGAUCAUGCUUUACGUACAAUAUCUUAUAUAGCAGAUAUUGGUGAUUUGGUUGUUUUAAUGGCACGUCGACGUUUUGUACCAUCAGAUAUUGAUGAUGGACCAAAACCAAAUCGAACACCAAAAAUGAUAUGUCAUGUAUUUGAAAGUGAUGAAGCACAAUUUAUAGCUCAAUCUAUAGGACAAGCAUUUCAAGUUGCAUAUAUGGAAUUUUUAAAAGCUAAUGGAAUUGAAGAUCAUAGUUUUGUUAAAGAAAUGGAUUAUCAAGAAGUAUUAAAUAGUCAAGAAAUAUUUGGUGAUGAAUUAGAAAUUUUUGCUAAAAAAGAAUUACAAAAAGAAGUGGUUGUACCUAAAGCAAAAGGUGAAAUAUUAGGGGUUGUUAUUGUUGAAAGUGGUUGGGGUUCAAUGUUACCAACUGUUGUAAUAGCUAAUUUAAUGUCAUCUGGUGCUGCAGCUCGUUGUGGUCAAUUAAAUAUUGGUGAUCAAUUAAUUGCUAUUAAUGGUAUGAGUUUAGUUGGACUUCCAUUAUCAACUUGUCAAACUUAUAUAAAAAAUACAAAAAAUCAAACAGUUGUUAAAUUUACUGUGGUACCAUGCCCACCAGUUGUUGAAGUUAAAAUAAAACGACCAAAUACAAAAUAUCAAUUGGGUUUUAGUGUUCAAAAUGGAGUGAUAUGUAGCUUAUUACGUGGUGGAAUUGCUGAAAGAGGUGGAGUUCGUGUCGGACAUAGAAUAAUAGAAAUAAAUAAUCAAAGCGUGGUAGCAGUACCACAUGAAAAAAUUGUUAAUUUAUUAGCGACAUCUGUUGGCGAGAUAUUAAUGAAAACAAUGCCAACAUCAAUGUUUAGACUAUUAACCGGUCAAGAAAAUCCAAUUUAUAUUUAAGCUAAGCUAAGCUAACAAGAAGAAUAAGAAAAUUAAUAACAAAAAAAUAAAAACAAGACAUUAUUAUCUUUAUUAUAUAUAAUAUAAAUAAAAUCUCUAUAUACCUAUAUAUAUAUACCUAUAUACAUACAUAUAUAUAUAGAUAUUCUUAAAAAAAGGAAAAAAUGAACUAAUAUACAUAAAUAAUAUAGAAAUAAAGAAAAAUAUAAAUUCAUAUAAUUCUAUAUAUACAAAUUAUAUACUUAUAUAUAAAAGAAAAAAAAAAUUUACUCUCAAAACAAAAACUGAUAUCUCUUAUAUUUUAGUGGAAAACUUAGCAACAUUUUAAUAUGGUUUAAUUUUUUUGAUUAUUAACCCUUAGAUAUUUGCAAUUUAACAAAAGAAAAAAAAAACUUUAUAUAAUAUACUUUUUAAAAUUAUAUAUACAUAUAUAUAAUUAUGUAACACUAUAUACUAAAUAACAUAAAUAUAUAAUAUAUAAACAAAAUAUUUAUUUCUAUAAUGUAUUACACUAAAUAUAUUUAUAUAUAGUUAAAAUAAAUUUAAAAACAAAUAUAUAAUUUCAUUUAAUAUUUUUUUUAAUUUAAUUUAGUUUAAAUUUUACAUACGUUCGUAAUAAAGAGAAUUUUUUUUCAAAAAUUAUUUAUUAAAUUUUUUUAAAAUUAUAAAAAAUACCGUAAAUUCAAAAUUGCAGUUAAUGUACUGUAUUGCUACACAAUUCAGCAACUACACAAUUUAUAAACUUAAUUGUGUAUUUUAUAAAGUUUGACUGCAACUUUGAUGUCAGAGUUAUUUAUUUUUUUUAAAUAUUCUAGAAUUUACAGUAAAUACAUACCAAAUACAUAUAUAUAUAUAUAUAUAUAUAUUUAGAGGAGAUAUUUAAGAAAAUUUUUGCAA